CAGGGUUAACAAAGCUCGCCGAUAUCCAGCUUCAUCUGCCUGCUUAUUCUGUCUCUGUUUCCGUCGCUUCAGAACAUCUCUGAUAUCGUGAAGCUCGCCGGAACGACCUGCCGCCUCGGUGAAGCUCGGGUUCAUCUCGUUUCACGGUGGUGGAUCCAGAUUAGAUCACUAAAUCUAGCAUUGAAACAUCUCGGAUAACUGCGCGCGUCCGCUCUGUCAGAAGGGGAGAGUAGUCGAACACAGAAACCAGGAUCACAGCUCAUGAGCACAGAGAGAGAUUUCCAGAAUAUGAAAAAACAUGAGAGAGCCCAUUUUUUCAGCUCUAAAGAGCAGGGGCUCAUUUUGAAGUUGUAUGAAGAAGAAAGAGAGAUUUUGACUGCCAAAUCCAACACGACAAGUGCCUCCAAACUGAGGGAAGAAGCCUGGCAGAGAAUUGCUGAUAAAAUAAAUGCAGUAUCUGACAGCGGCUACAAAAGAACAUGGCAGCAAGUGAAAGUCAAACAUAAAAACAUAGUGCAAACAGCAAAAAGAAGAAGGGCUGGUAUGAUAAAAGAUGGCGGGGGUUCAGCAACCCCGUCGCUGACCUCUGCAGAGGAGGAUGUGCUGCAACACAAAGACAACACGCUGAGGGUGGAGGUCAUCCCUGGAGGAGCCUGUAUCGAGCCCCUGACCGGAUCAGACAGCUCUUUUAUUAGCGUGUCGGGCCAUCCUGUCCUCCUCCUGCCUGUAACCAAGACUGAACCGGAGAGCUUAAGCAGCGAUGAAACUGAUGUCAGUGACACUAAUUUAGAGGGGGAUAUGCACAGCAGUAUCUUCCAGGAGACAGCCCACUCAGGAUGUGCCACAGCUGUUGGCAGGGGUGCAGAGAGGCAGACAGAUGACCUGAAGGAUCUUUACUGCUGCUACCUCAAAAAGGAGAUUGAGAACCGCGACCAAGAGAUGGCUUACAGAGCACUUAAAAUGAGGAAGUUGGAAAAAGAAAUAUUACUACUCGAUAAGCAGUUGAUGUGACCAUAUAGGUACAUCAUGUUUUUUUUAUUUGAUUUUACUGUAUGUUAGAACAGUAUUACAAUUAUUUAUGUUCAGACCAUUGUAAUAAAUUGUUUAAUUGAUAUAAUGUGUUGUAUAACUUAUAUGUUUCUUACAAUUCUGCCAUUAGGAGGGUCCAGUUUACAACAACACGUGUUAAACCUUUUCUUACUGCACCAUGCAACUCUGAACAUGCAACAGUGUACAACAGUCACCUAGUGCAAUCCUCAGACUGUGUUAGUCGUCCAAAGGUCAAUUGGCAGAGUUGCCCCGAAGCUUUGAGGCUUGAGGCCCUGUGAGGUUCAGGGUAGGAGGGUAAUGAAGUCGGGCUUUUAAGUGAAGCCCCUGUGGAGCUGCUGCUUGACCCUGGAGGAUUCCUUCAUCACAUGACUUAUACAGUACUGUUGUUAACUGUAAGACCACUGACACACUCUGGUUGUGUUGACUCUGUACUCCAACACACUGGA